UAGACGACUGACAUCCCAUGAUUGAGGAAGGUGUAGUAGGAGGAGCAGGAGCAGCAUGCCAAUUGCCAACCACAAAGUUGGAAACCCAUCCUUAAACACUACAAACUUGUCUACUUUCUUCCCUACCACUCCUACAAUACUACAACAAUACACCAUUUGCUGCUGCUAUGCUAAUCUUUAAUCUUUCUUUCAUUCAAUAAAUACUCCUUUUCCCUUGUUCACGUUUUUCUCCACCGACCCAACUCUCUGUAGAUCGGUGGAUUUGCGGUCAUCGGAACAGAUGUCUUCCGGCAGGUUUAUGGCGUACUCGCCGUCCCCUUCCUCUCCCCACAUCGCCGGCUUUCGUUCCGCUUCCUCCGCCCUCGUCGACCAGGAAAAGUAUCUUGCGGAGUUGCUAGCAGAGCGCAACAAGCUUAGUCCAUUUGUGCCCGUGCUUCCUCAUUGCUAUCGGUUGCUGAACCAGGCAGAAAUAUUGCGUGUAACUACAAUCUUGGAGAAUGCAUUGAUUUUAGAUCAAAGUGGGCUUGAACAUGCUAGCCCCAUGGCUUCAGGAGGAUUAUUUUCAAAUGGAGGAGCUAACAUGGACAGAUGGGCAUCACGAUUUCAAUCUGAAAAGAUGUCAGGUCUAGUGCAGACCACCAGUUCUCAAAACUGGCUCGGUGGUCAAAGUAGCUCAUCUGGUCAUAUUGUUAAGCGAUCAAUCAGAAUUGAUAUUCCUCUGGAGCAAUAUCCCAGUUACAAUUUUGUUGGUCGCCUCCUUGGACCUAGAGGGAACUCUCUUAAGCGAGUGGAAGCAAGUACAGACUGCCGUGUUCUGAUUAGAGGAUGUGGAAGCAUCAAGGACCCCGCAAAGGAAGAAUUGAUGAGAGGUAAACCUGGGUUUGAGCACUUGAAUGAGCCCCUUCAUGUAAUCGUGGAGGCAGAACUCCCACUGGAGAUAAUCGAUGCUCGGUUAGCACAAGCACGUGAGAUACUUGAAGAUCUCCUCAAGCCCGUGCAGGACGAAUCUCAGGACUUUUACAAAAAGCAGCAGCUUCGCGAACUUGCAAUGCUCAAUGGUACACUUCGUGAGGAAGGCUCCCAAAUGUCUGGUUCCGUGUCCCCCUUUAACAGCCUCGGGAUGAAGAGGGCCAAAACCACGGGGUGAUAAUCUUUCAGUUACCUGGCUUUGAAGCUCACAUGCAUGUUGAUCAUCUAGGCGCUACUAUGCAAUAGUAUCAACAACGCAACACUAGUUGCAGACUAUGCCUUCAACUCUCGUCGGGGCACUGGCACCAUCAUUUACCAGUUCUAUGAUGUGUAUAUGUGAAUAUGAUGCAGUUUGUGUUAGUAUUGCGUGGAGAUAGUUGUUGGCGUUAAGGAGCAGAGUACAAACUACGGGUAUGGUUUUGCUCAAAACACACAUUUCUCCCUCCCAGACUAGAUUGUUUUGUUUCAUCAACACAUUUCUAGUGUGUUAUUUCAUUGUUAAUGUUAAGGUUGUGAUGGAGUUUUGAUGAUGGAUAACUUCUGCCUGUAGUGUAUGCAUUGCAUUCAGAGAGGUGAAAUGCAAUGGUUUGUAUCAACAACAGAGUAUCAUUUGUCUCAUUUUAUAAAAUCAUUCUUUAUUUACAAA